AUGGCAAUUUCUAAUGGAUCUUUUUGUUCCAAAUUGCUCGUAGAUGCUGUGCAAAGUGUGGUGCCAAUGAAGCCAACAGACCCAAGAGAGUCCACUCGAGUUGUAGUUUCAGGGAGUCGUAGUUCCACCUUUUUUGGAAUGUGCUUUCACAUUGUUAUGUGCUAUAACAAGGCGUCGGAUGAGGAUUCUGGGUGGGUUGCGGCAGGUUGGAUAAAAGAGUCACUUGGUAGAGCACUAUCAGAACAGCCAUUGCUAGCUGGAAGAUUAAGGCGGCACAAUGACAAGGGUGAUGAAGAUCUACAGAUUGUUUCAAAUGAUUCAGGUGCUAGAUUGGUUGAGGCCAGAAUUGAUAUGAAUUUGACAGAUUUUCUUGAUUCGAAGGCGAAGAAAGAUGCAGAAACUAAAUUUGUCUUUUGGGAGGAUAUUCUUGACCAGAACCCUGAGUUCUGUCCGUUAUUUUAUGUCCAGGUUACUAACUUCAAGUGCGGUGGAUACACGAUUGGGAUAAGUAGCAGUCUACUACUUGCGGAUCCGUUUGUCACAACUAGUUUCCUCAAGAAAUGGGCUGAUGUUCACAAGAGUUUAGUCUUAAAAGCCGACAUGCCCAGAAUGCCCACAUUUUACCUUCCUAAUCUCCAAAGUUCUGCUGGAGAAACUCCCUCUCUGCUAAUGGACUCAAAAGCAAGCAAAAUUGUUGCACAGAGUGUGAUUUUCAACAUUCCAACAAAGAUUUCAAAUUUGGACAGCAACAAUUAUCAUAAUCUUGCUGCACUAUGUAUUGAUGAGGCCGAGCACAUUGUUGGUACAAAAAUGGCCUCAAAUUUCUCACUAUAUGUUAAGAAACCAGACGAGGAUGUUGAGAUAGAAUUCUGUUCUAAAGAAGGGCUGAUUCGGAAGCCAAUUAGUAACAUGAACGAAUUUACUUGUGCAAAUUCAUGGGAUGUUUUAGGGGCUGAUGAAAUAUGCUUCAAUGAAAGAAACAAGGCUGCCUAUGUAUCAUGCUGGAUCAACUCAAUAUUUGAUGAAGGUUCUGUGAUGAUUGUUGGAUCUGAUAAUGAGUACACUUCAGGAACCAAGAUUAUUGUCAUAUUCAAUGCCCAGAAAUAA